AUGUCCUCAUGUCCUAAAAAAGUCUUUCUUCCUCAGACCGAGUCUAAACAGGAGGACAGUCUGCAGCUCUACAGGAUGUGCGUGUCGAGCUGUCUCCAGUGUGUUGGCGUGUCUCUUGUUCCCAUGGCAACAGUGUGCAUGCUGUCCAACCUGCUGUUGCUGCUUCCCGAGUUCAGCAUCCACUUCCUGUUGGAGGGUCACGUGACCAGAGAGGCCACCUGGGCCACCGGCCUCUGGGGGUCGGGCUUCCUGGUACGGUCCUCAUGUCCUCAUGUCCCCAUGUCCUCAUGUCCUCAUGUCCUCAUGUGUGUCCAGUAG